GGCUGGGCGCCUGGCGCUGAAGUCGGUGGUCAAAAGACACGGACCCGUUAGAGGUCACGGGAGGCGCUGUCCUGGGCUCCGGCCGAGUGCCCUGCUCUGGGCUGAACCCUCGGCAUGUGGAAGCUCCCUUCGUUCUUAUGCUGCCCCCCGUUUCUCUUACGAGAAAACACGCCAGAUGCACUGCCUGACCACACCCAUGCUGCUUCGGGCCCUGGCUCAGGUUGUUCGUGCAGGGCAUCCCAGUGCCCGGAGCCUCCACAGCAGUGCAGUGGCAGCCACCUACAAGUAUGUGAACCUGCAAGAGCCCUCGAUGGACAUGAAGUCAGUGACUGACCGGGCAGCUCAAACCCUGCUGUGGACUGAGCUCGUUCGAGGACUGGGCAUGACCCUGAGCUACCUGUUCCGGGAGCCAGCCACCAUAAACUACCCAUUUGAGAAGGGCCCACUGAGCCCACGCUUCCGUGGGGAGCACGCACUGCGCCGUUACCCGUCCGGGGAGGAGCGCUGCAUCGCCUGCAAGCUUUGCGAGGCUGUCUGUCCUGCCCAGGCCAUCACUAUCGAGGCUGAGCCACGGGCCGAUGGCAGCCGCCGGACCACCCGCUAUGACAUAGACAUGACCAAGUGCAUCUACUGCGGCUUUUGCCAGGAGGCCUGCCCUGUGGAUGCCAUUGUCGAGGGCCCCAACUUUGAGUUCUCCACGGAGACGCAUGAGGAGCUGCUGUACAACAAGGAAAAGUUGCUGAACAACGGGGACAAGUGGGAAGCCGAGAUCGCCGCCAACAUCCAGGCCGACUAUCUCUAUCGGUGACGCCCCACCCAGCUGGCCCGCAGCCCCUGCUGCCAAUAAAGAAGCUCUGACCCCCAC